CGUGAGCCUAUCCCGUUGUGGGGCAGCGCCAGCAUAAGGCGAAGAAGACGCCGCUGCCGUUGAAAACACCCGAAGCUUCUCUAAGUGUGUGUGUGUUGCAGUGAGAAUGGAGGAAGACGAGAUGACGUUGAGCAAAGCGGAGCUCCGACAGUGGAUCAGAGCGAAAGUCAAAAAGAGCGGGCUGCUCCCCCCCGAUGUGCUGCAGAAAAUCCACGAGCUGCAGUCGCUGCUGGAGAGGAGACAGACAAUGGACGCCAAUCUACUGAAGCUCCAAGAGUCUGUGGCAUCGAGUGAAGCCAUCAUGAGGAAACAGUACUCGUUGCUGGGAUGGGAGUACAGAGACACAGAUUCUGAUGAUGACGAGAGCCGCGGUGGUGGUACUGCUGUUACCGGCCCCACUCAUCUGUCACCAAAGCAACUGGGAAGUAAGAAUCGGCAAAGAAGCAGAAAGCGUUUCCAAAGGAUGGAACCAGUGGUGGUCUUGACCAGACUGCCUGAAUGGCAGAUACGUGAUGUACGUCCACCAACAACUCCAAAGUUCACCAGUGACCAUGACAGCUUGAGCGAUGCAGAUUCUGAUGACAGUUGGGAACCAGGAAAAGAAUCCAGCGAUUCACAAUGUUCUAGCUCUGGGUCAAAAAAGAGGAGGAAAAUGUAUCAUGUGUCUCAGAAAAAACACGUGAAGAGGCAUGAAAGGGACCAAGCCGACGCUAACACUGAUGCCGAUAGCAAUACAGCAAAGACAUUGGAACCCCAAGCUAAGAAACAGAAGAAUACGGAACAUGAGCAAGAGGAGAAAAAGCCAACCAAAGAAUCGUCGCCGCCUGUAAACACCAAAGUGACGGGAGUAAGCUCUGCGUGCGUAGUAACAGCUCGUAGCCAAUCUGAGGACACCACUAAGGCCCCCCCCAGUGUUCCCCAAGCAGAGCUCGGUGUGAACAUGAAAGUCCUGGCCAGGAGGAGGACCAUGAUCUGGCAAGCUGGCAAACUCGCAGAAAUAAUAACAAAGGAAGAUGGGAGGGUGAAGUACAAGGUUAACUUUGAAGAGAAGGGGAAGAUCCUCGUGUCGGCUCACCACAUCGCCUCGGAACAAGUGCCCAGUAUUGAGCAGCUGAUUGUCGGCUCUCGUGUGGUCGUCAAGAGUAAAGUUGAUCAGAACUACUUCCCGGGAAUCCUGGCAGAGCUGCCGAGCAGGAAAAACAAAAUGAGGUUCCUGGUCUUUAUUGACGACCACACUCCGAUCUACGUUCCCUUACAUAGUAUUCGCCUAGUGUACCGACCAUUGACCUACCCUCUGGACGAUAUUCCAGACAAGGGCCACCAGAAUUUCAUUGCGGGCUAUUUGAAAAGCUGGCCCAACCCGCUGCUGACCCACUAUCCACAGGGAGAUAUCAUCGAAGCGGAACACGACGGCGUGCAGAAGACGUGUGAGGUGGUGGCGGUCGACAGCAGCUUGAUCCAGGUCCUGUUUAAGGAAGAUCAACACAAGCAGUGGUUCUACCGAGGCUCCAUACGCUUGAAACACAUGAUUAAUAUGAGGAAGCAGUUGGAGUUGGAAAAGGUGACACGUAAGCAAUCGACCUCAUCCGACCAUAAAUUAACUUCUUCCUCUAAAGCAAACUAGGCCGUAUUGGUCUCAGGUGCUAAAGGUUCCUCACUGACUGUAAUGGCCGGAAACUGUCAAACAUGAAGUAUUAUUGUAUUUAAUUUGUUUUAUUGUGUGUGUUUGUGCCUUAAUAAAAACUUGUUGCAUUUUAUUUAAGUUAAUUAUAUUGUUGUAAUGUUAUGAGGAACACAGCGGCUGUUUUACAAUGUACAUAAUAAACUGCUGAAGCUUCUUUUUACACAGAUAAAAAAAUGUUGGCACAUUUGUUGUGUUAUGAAUUUAACAUUGUGACCUCCUGUGUGAAAAAUGAUCUGCCAAAACGUUGAGCCUCUUUUUUAGUAUAGUAUAGUAUAGUUAGUAUAUAGUAAUUUAAGUAUUGAAAUAAAAACUUUUUACAGACAGGUAAAAUUCAAAACAGCGAAGUGGAAAAGUUGAUAUAAACUUUGCAUCACGUAAAAAGUGUUGACAGAUCCUCCAUCUUAAUCCUACCACUGUCUUUACAGUUGUGUUUGUUUUUUACUCUUCAUUUAAAUCUGCAAUGACUGUAUUUUUAUAUUUCAGUUUGAUUUGUUAUGAAAUCUUCAAACUGAGUUUGUUUCCUAUUGUUUGCCUUAUUUCAACUUGAAUAUCCACUGUAACUGUUGUGAAAUGUGCCAAAUAAACAGAGUAUUAUUA